UCUCUCAUCUCAUGACUACUGAUGACUCAUGACAUGGAAAUUUGAGAUUGUCGGGUUCACUCCUCUUCACACUACUAACUUUUUUCCAUCUUCUCUCUCACUCCUCUUACUGUGCGCACUCCUUGCUCUCCGUGCACCGGUGGCGCAUCCUCCUAUCCUGCGCCCAUCAACCCUAAAUUUCGCCGCCGCUAAUUUCGAGAUCUCCGCCGACGCAAAUUCUCCGAUGUCGAAGUCGCGAGUUUACGCCGACGUUAAUGUUCUCCGACCUCGGGAGUACUGGGAUUACGAAGCUCUCACUGUUCAAUGGGGUGAUCAAGAUGACUAUGAAGUCGUGCGGAAGAUUGGAAGGGGGAAAUACAGUGAAGUUUUUGAAGGAUUAAACGUCAAUAGUAAUGAACGAUGCGUUAUCAAGAUCCUGAAACCUGUGAAGAAGAAAAAGAUCAAAAGAGAGAUAAAAAUCCUUCAGAACCUAUGUGGGGGACCAAACGUCAUAAAGCUGCUUGAUAUCGUCAGGGAUCAGCACUCCAAAACACCAAGCUUAGUUUUUGAGUUUGUCAACAGUACAGAUUUCAAAGUUCUGUAUCCAACGUUAUCUGAUUAUGACAUACGUUAUUACAUCUAUGAGCUUCUGAAGGCCUUAGAUUUCUGCCAUUCACAAGGGAUAAUGCACCGAGAUGUCAAGCCUCAUAAUGUAAUGAUAGACCAUGAAUUGAGGAAACUCCGGUUAAUAGAUUGGGGUCUGGCAGAGUUCUACCAUCCAGGGAAGGAAUACAAUGUUCGUGUGGCUUCGAGAUACUUUAAGGGGCCGGAACUUCUUGUUGAUUUACAAGACUAUGACUAUUCCUUGGACAUGUGGAGCCUUGGUUGCAUGUUUGCUGGGAUGAUUUUCCGGAAAGAACCAUUCUUCUAUGGUCAUGACAACCAUGAUCAGCUUGUUAAAAUUGCUAAGGUACUUGGAACAGAUGAACUGAAUGCUUAUUUGAACAAGUAUCAUUUGGAGCUUGAUCCUCAACUUGAUGCUCUUGUUGGAAGGCACAGCAGGAAGCCAUGGUCAAGAUUUGUUAAUCCGGAUAAUCAGCAUUUAGUUUCCCCUGAGGCUAUUGACUUUCUUGAUAAGCUUCUUCGCUAUGACCACCAGGAUAGGCUUACUGCAAAAGAAGCAAUGGCACAUCCUUAUUUCUCUCAAGUUAGAGCUGCAGAGAGUAGCAGAAUGCGGACACAAUAGCUCGUCACUCUAAUACAUACUUGAGAAUGAUGAUUUCCGUUGUAGAGUGUUUCAUGUUAAGUCAUUGACUGUGUUCCCGUCUUAAACAUUGCAGCUACUUGCAGCGUCAGGUAGACAGCUUUGAUUGCGCGGGGAAAUUUUAUGUAAAAUGCAUGAUUACUAGUCUUUCUAAAACUGCAAAUCUGCAAUGCUACAAACUAUUGUACUGCUAUUUUAAUUGUUGAAGCCCUCUGUACAUCUCCAACAUUGGUUGUCACUUAAUAUAGUUUGCUAAUAGCA